AUGUGCAGAGGACAUUACGUCGAAGGGGACGCAUAUGAGGAUGACAUGUGUGAUAAUAUGAAUGAUGAAUGGCAUGAUGACAGCGUUUCUACCGCAGAGCAUUUGUUGAAAACUGAUGGCACAGAUGUUGAAGAGCCUGACAUAGAUGCACUUGGAAACUUUUAUACUUUUGAUAAUAUGUUUAUUGAAUGUUCAGAGGCAGAACCAUAUUGGGUCCUGGGAAAUAAUGAAGAGGUAAUAUAUGAGUCUGGCAUCGAGGAUUACUACGCAUAUCAGAUUGAAAGCAUUCAAGCAUCUCCUCAUCAGUCUCUGAAUGCAUUCCUGGUGAAUCCACAAAGCUCUGGAUUCUGCCCAGAGGGGAGCAAAGGAGUCCGAUUUGGAAUUACUGAAGUUAUUGAACUCGGUGAGACAUUAGCCCACUGCUCCACUGAACAGGACUCAGACAGCGAAUGCUGUUUAGAUGACGUCUCGAGAGAAUCGAGACUUCCUCUAGGUAUCAUUCACAGUGUUGUCUCAGAAAAGGACAGAAUCGAUACAAGGACUGAGGAUUCAGAAGAGGAGGCGAGUGAUGACGACACCUCUGAGCACUGUGAAUGCGAGUACUGCAUUCCACCACUAGAGCAGGUUCCAGCUAAAGCACUCCUCCCACAGAUCCAACCAAAUGAUGCAGGAAAGAUCUGUGUGGUCAUUGACUUGGAUGAAACACUAGUGCAUAGUUCAUUUAAGCCAUUGAACAAUGCUGAUUUUACCAUUCCAGUGGAGAUUGAUGAAACAAUUCACCAGGUUUAUGUGUUAAAGAGACCUCACGUCGAUGAGUUCCAACGGAUGGGAGAACUGUUCGAGUGUGUGUUGUUCACUGCAAGCUUAUCUAAGUACGCAGAUCCAGUGUCAGACCUGUUGGACCCAUGGGGGGCCUUCACCACCCGUCUGUUCAGGGAGUCCUGUGUCUUCCACAAAGGGAACUACGUUAAAGACCUGAGUCAUUUAGGAAGAGACCUCAACAGGGUCAUCAUCAUCGACAACUCCCCAGCGUCCUACAUCUUCCACCCCGACAACGCAGUUCCUGUCGAGUCGUGGUUUGACGACACAUCAGACACGGAGCUCCUGGAUCUUCUCCCGUUCUUUGAGAGACUGAGCAAAGUGGAUGACAUCUACGAGCUUCUCCAGCAGCAGCAGCAGCAGCAGCAGCAGCAGCAGCAGCAGAGCACGUCCUCUUCAUAG